GACAUGGGCAAGAAGGACGAGAUAGCUGUGGCCAAUGUCAAGAUUGAGCAAAACGGAGACAUUGGAGAGGAUAAAGAUGAAGAGAAAAAGGGGGAGAAAGAGCCAAAGAUGCCGAUGAUUGGAGCCAUAGCUCUGUUCAGGUUUGCUGAUGGUUGGGACAGGUUGAUGAUUGUGCUGGGGACCAUCAUGGCUAUGGUUAAUGGAACGGUCCUCCCUCUCAUGUGUAUUGUCUUUGGGGACAUGACUGACAGCUUCAUAGGAGACUCCAUACAGACACAGAAUAACUUCACCAACAUCACGUUCCCUGUUUCAAACACCACUCUGGGAGAGGAGAUGACGGGCCAUGCUAUCUACUACUCUAUAAUGGGUGCGGUGGUGUUGGUAGCAGCCUACAUGCAGGUGGCCUUCUGGACCCUGGCGGCAGGCAGGCAGGUCAAACGCCUCAGGAAGCUCUUCUUCCACUGCAUCAUGCAGCAGGAGAUUGGCUGGUUCGACGUCAACGAGACGGGAGAACUCAACACCCGCCUAACAGAUGACAUCUAUAAGAUCAACGAGGGAAUAGGUGACAAGGUGGGCAUGUUGAUCCAGUCCUUCACCACCUUCGUUGCUUCCUUCAUCAUCGGCUUCAGCAAAGGAUGGAAGCUCACCCUUGUCAUCCUGGCUGUCAGCCCUGUGCUGGGCUUUUCUGCUUUUAUAUUCAGCAAGGUACUGACGUCCUUCACAUCCCUGGAGCAGAGUGCCUAUGCUAAAGCUGGAGCCGUGGCUGAGGAGGUGAUCUCUUCUGUCAGAACAGUCUUCGCUUUCGGUGGACAACAGAAGGAGAUAACCAGGUACGAGAAAAACCUGGAGGAUGCUAAGAACACGGGUAUCCGUAAAGCCAUCUCUGCUAACAUCGCCAUGGGCUUCACCUUCCUGAUGAUCUAUCUGUCCUACGCUCUGUCCUUCUGGUACGGCAGCACACUCAUCCUAUCUGGAGAAUACACCAUUGGAACUGUCCUCACCGUGUUCUUCACAGUGUUGAUCGGGGCGUUUGCCAUGGGACAGACUUCUCCUAAUGUCCAGGCCUUCGCCAGUGCCCGGGGAGCGGCACACAAAGUCUACAACAUCAUCGACAAUAAACCCCACAUCAACAGCUACUCAGACCACGGCCACAAGCCUGAUGUCAUCAAAGGAAACAUAGAGUUUAACAACAUCCAUUUCACCUACCCCUCACGACCCAACGUCAAAGUGUUGAAUGGAAUGUCUCUGAGUGUGCGUAGUGGCCAGACCAUAGCUCUGGUAGGCAGUAGUGGCUGUGGGAAAAGCACCACCGUUCAGCUGCUGCAGCGGUUCUAUGAUCCACAAGAUGGAUCAGUGUGUGUAGAUGGUCAUGACGUGCGCUCACUGAACGUGCGCUUCCUGAGAGAGAUGAUUGGCGUUGUCAGUCAGGAGCCCAUCCUGUUUGCUACCACCAUCGCUGAGAACAUCCGCUACGGACGACCUGACGUCACACAUCAGGAGAUAGAACAGGCUGCUAGGGAGGCCAACGCCUACGACUUCAUCAUGACACUACCUGAUAAAUUUGAGACUCUAGUUGGAGACAGAGGAACCCAGAUGAGUGGAGGACAGAAACAGAGGAUUGCUAUCGCACGCGCUCUCGUACGCAACCCCAAGAUCCUCUUGUUGGAUGAGGCUACCUCAGCCCUCGAUGCCGAGAGUGAGACCAUCGUACAGGCUGCUUUGGACAAGGUGAGACAGGGUCGUACUACCAUCGUGGUGGCCCAUCGUCUGUCUACUAUCCGUAAUGCUGAUGUCAUCGCAGGCUUCCAGAAGGGAGAGAUUGUAGAGCUGGGAACACACAGCCAACUGAUGGAAAAAGAAGGAGUCUACCACACACUGGUCACCAUGCAGACGUUUAAGAGUCCUGAGGAGGGCGAGGAGGCUGUGGAGGAGCAGGUUCUGGAGGAGAAGAGUCCGUCAGUGAUGCCGUUUUCAGAGACCACCCUCAUCAGGAGGAAAUCUACCAAGGGAUCGUCCUUCAUCGGCUCAGAGAAAGGAGACCAGGACAAGACAGAGGUGGAAGAAGAGGAUGAGGAGAUUCCUCCUGUGUCGUUUCUGAAGGUGUUGAAGCUGAACCUUCCUGAGUGGCCCUAUAUGGUGGUUGGUGUGAUCUGUGCCACUAUCAACGGGGGCAUGCAGCCUUUCUUCGCUGUCAUCUUCUCUAAAAUCAUCGCUGUGUUUGCAGAGCAAGACCAGGAACUAGUUAGACAACGCUCCUCAUUCUACUCUAUCAUGUUCGCCCUCAUUGGAGUCGUCUCCUUCAUAACCAUGUUCCUGCAGGGAUUCUGUUUUGGGAAGGCCGGUGAGAUUCUGACCAUGAAGCUGAGACUGAUGGCCUUUAAAGCCAUGAUGAAACAGGAGUUGGGCUGGUAUGACAGUCACAAGAACAGUGUUGGAGCUCUCACCACUAGACUGGCUACAGAUGCAGCACAAGUACAGGGGGCUACAGGAGUGCGCUUGGCCACUCUGGCCCAGAACGUGGCUAACCUGGGCACCAGUCUGAUCAUCUCAUUUGUGUACGGCUGGCAGCUGACUCUUCUCAUCCUGUGUGUGGUACCUGUCAUGGCUGUAGCUGGAGGCAUACAGAUGAAGAUGCUCUCUGGUCACGCUGUCAAAGACAAGAAAGAGCUAGAACAGGCUGGCAAGAUUGCCACAGAGGCCAUAGAGAACAUCCGUACGGUGGCAUCUCUCACCAGAGAGCAGAAGUUUGAGUCUCUGUACCAGGAGAACCUCAUAGUGCCUUUCAAGAACUCUCAGAAGAAGGCCCAUGUGUAUGGCAUCACAUUCUCCUUCUCUCAGGCCAUGAUCUACUUUGCCUAUGCAGGCUGCUUCCGCUUCGGAGCCUGGCUCAUAGAAGAAGGCAUCAUGACCUUUGAAAAUGUCUUCCUGUGAGUA